AUGGAAGACGUUUGCGCCGCUCCAGCACCUAAAAAAGUGCUUCCAUCAUUAUUGUUACAUCCAUAUACGAAGCCAAAGAGAACAGACAAAGGAUUGCAUAGCAGAAAACCAUGGAAGAAAGUUCUCUGGAGAAAGCAACAUUAUCCAGACAAUUAUAUUGAUCAAUCCUUCUUGAGCGGCUUGCAACGAAAUGUCAACAUCCAGGUAACUGACUUUUGGUCACUCGUGGCUGAUAGCCUACCAAUCUCUCAACACUUGUCAAGCGUGGUGGUAUUUGCUGCAGUUUUUGUUGGAAUUCAUAGAAAAAAGUUAUCUUGUGGAAUCGUUGGAAUGACAUCCAAUGUUAGCGCUGUUGGUGCUUUCCUACUCUGGGACUUGGUGUUGAGCAAACCAUGCCAAAGCAGAUCCUUUCUCAACUACUCUGGAUUAAUUAAAUCUUGUAUAUUGAUAGUCCUAACCCUCGUUGGUUUAUCGCCUAUUCUCAUGUCGCUCACAAAAUCGACUUCUGAGGACUCCGUUUGGGCUAUUGCUGUAUGGCUCUUUCUUGCAAAUAUAUUCUUUCAUGAAUAUGCUGUGGAUAACAUUCAACCACAUGUACGGCUCCAUAAUUCAUUAUCAACAAACGCCGCUUUAAGCGCUUCCGUGGUGCUUGCUUCUCGUUUGGACAGAUCGAUUCAUGUAUUUUUCUUCGUUCUUUUUGCCGUUCAUUGGUUUGCGCUGUUUCCUAUAUUUCGAAAAUACAUCCACUUUUAUUCUUUUUACGCAGAUAUGCUAAUGACUCUUGUUCUUAUAAUGACCGCCUACUUGUCCCUUUAUCUGGUUGCAUCGGUAACCAUAGCUUUUGUUUUUCUUUCCUCCAUUUUUUUCAUAUCCUUUGUCUGCCCUAUUUGGUUUAUAAAGCUUCAAAGAUUCAAAAACGAAAUUCAUGGUCCUUGGGAUAUUGCUUUACCAAAGUUGGGUCCUAAUAAGGAUUAG